UGCCGCCUAGUGGAUGAAUGGAUCAAGUACACCAGCAGAACACCCUCCUUCUGUAUCCGGGUCAACGGAUAGUAACUGCAGCCACAAUGGAGAAAAUAGCCGGCAUGAGCAAUAUGCUGCAAUUCAUGAAAUUUAUCGGACAGCUGAAAAGGGUCCCACGGACCGGCUGGGUGUACAGGGAGGUGCAGAAACCAGAGAGUGUCUCAGACCACAUGUACCGCAUGGCCAUGAUGUCUAUGACCAUCACAGACCCCACAGUGGACAAAGACAGAUGUAUAAAGCUGGCUCUAGUUCAUGACAUGGCAGAGUGCAUUGUGGGAGAUAUCGCUCCAUCAGACAACAUCAGUAAAGCUGAGAAACACAGGCGAGAAGAGGAGGCGAUGAGACAUCUUUCAGCUCUUCUGCCGGAGGGACUCAAACAGGAGAUCUAUGGACUCUGGGAGGAAUAUGAAAACCAGAGCAGUGAUGAGGCCAAGUUGGUGAAAGAGUUUGACCUCCUGGAGAUGAUACUGCAGGCUCACGAGUACGAGGAGCUGGAGGGAACGCCGGGAAGACUGCAGGAGUUCUUUGACUCCACCGAAGGUCGUUUCCAGCACCCAGACGUGCUCCAGCUCCUCAGCUCUUUGCAUAAAGAGAGAGGAAGUCACAUGAGUAAAAAGGAUGAAGAAAAGAGCUCUGGGAACAUGCAGACGACUGGUGCUGCAUCUUCAGACACAUCCUGACUCUGAGACAUACAAACAUUUCCUUAGUGGAGGUACUUUAACACAAAAUAUGUGUAUAAGGACGCACACAUACGUCACAAGAUCAGAUGUCUUCUACAACUCCUCAUUUUUCAGGCAUUUUUCCUUCAGUACCACUGAGGAUGAAAAUACUGUCCUGGAAAUGCCUUGUAUAAUUAAUACAUUAUGAAACCUACAAAUGCAAAAGCUGCCAGAUAAUAUUCAAAAGCAAUAGCUUGGCAAAAUGUAACGAAAUGUCCUUACAAAUCGGUUGGAAAAUUACUAAACCCUAUAUAAAUCCCCAGAUUCAAAUCAUCUAAAGGCUUUAUUUAAUUUUUCCGAUCCAUUUCAUCACAUGUUGACAUAUAGUAUACAUUUUAUUCGGCAUAUAUAACAACAUUGGUUAUCCAUUUACUGUUACACAUAAUUACUUUGUUUUGGUUGGUUUUAUCUUGGUUUCACAUUUCUGUCUUCAGUUUGAAACCAGUCACAGUGGUAUUUAGUUUGGGUAACAGAUCUUUAAUAUCAAUUCAUCAGCCAUAAAAACAGUUAUUUAUAAUAGUGUGUGAUUAUUUGUACGCAGAUGUCAAACACAAUGUUAUUUGAAUGUCACAGCUUUGAUGUUUGCUGUAGUAUAAACCUUUGAAAACAUCUUAUCUGGAGUUCAGUUUGAUGUCAACUCAACACAAUAAGCACAUGUUAAAUAUUUACUGUAGUUUAUUUUCCAAUAACAGAACAUGCAUUACCUCAGUUGUUUUUCUUGCAACACUCUUUCAGUAUGUUGACAUGCUUACUAUUGAACAUAUUUCAUUAAACAUGAACCGAUCCGGGGAUCUUCUCAAACCACGGCAAAAAAACAUAAGAGGAACAUGAAACGGAGUAUAUAUUGAAACUUGAUGUCAAAGUUAUGCUGUGGCCACAGAGGCUGUUUAAAAUAAAAGAAUGUUUUUACACACAAAUGAAUAAACGUGUUUUUCCUAACAUACUCAGUAAAAUGAUAUGUUGUCUCACAGCAUUAAACUGUUUGUCCUGCACCAGGAGGUUCAAAUAAAUCGGUUUAGUAAUGUUAUUUAGUACAUCAGUAAGAUGGGCAAAAGGCCACAGAAGUUAUUUUAGGGUAAAAAUGCAUUGUAUGCAUGUGAGAAUCCAGCACUAACGUAACGUACAGCAGUUCAACACAAUGUAUAGACUGUAACUGUCCAUUUUCCAAAUAAAUAGCCCCCCUUUUAACUGCUAGAGUGAAGAUGAUAAUUCCCAACAUAAGUGAUUCACCUGAUUUUGUGAAACCUCCAUGUUGUAGUGAGCCUCGCUGUCAGUAUUUCACUAUUUAAUUUCUUCCUACAGUAUACACUCUUUAGUCCUAUAGUAUGACCAGACUACAUAUACACUAUGUGCCAUACGUAUGACUGCAUUCAAAAAGUUCCUGACCAAAACUGACAGCAAUGUGUAGAACAGUAGGCUGCGAUUUAAAGCUUUUGCUUGGCCCAUAAAAUAUUUUUUUUGAUGCUAUAAGAACAUUUCAGAUCUUUAGUUGGAGUGAAAAAUCAUUUAUACAAGUUUACAAAUAAUUAGUUCCACCCAGGACUUCUGGGUUGAUUCCAUCAAUAUGGGUUA